UGGAAGAAAAAUUGUCACCCAAAACUGCCCUAAACCAGUUUUUCGGGAACUUGGAAUUUUGAUUUUUUUUUUUUUUUCCAAAACAUGAUCAUAUUUCAUUAAAAAACAAUGUUUUCAAAUAUGCUUUUGAGAAAAUGAAGUCAGGAUCUAUGGCCAAACGGGAGCUAAAAACAAUCAGUACCCGGUGGAAGUUGAGGUGCGCUCAAGCAGGUCAAGACACUACCGUUAUUUCAAAAAAAAAAAAGAACAAUCUGAUAUUGUAUUGUUCUUGCAGUGGAAAUUUGCUUAUUCAUUGCACCUAACAUUGGUAAUGUACUGUUAUCUCAAUUUCUUUCAACCCCCAAAAAGAAAAAUGUUGAGUUGCCUUAUAGAUAUUACAAAUGUGAAGAGGAAUUACAGAAAGGAGAUGGACAUAUUAAAACAAGUUAUGAGGAUAUGUAUUUCUCUUUCAUUGCGGAGAAAGAGGAUGUGGAAGCUUUCUAGAUCAAAAAAGCCAUUAAAGCCUAUUUUGCUCGGACUCUUCAAAAAUAUUGCCGGGUGCGUGUCGGAUCUUCCAAAAGUAGUGUACUAAGGAUCCGACAUGGAUGCGACAAUAUUUUUGGAGAGUUUGAACAACAUAAUUGAAACAAGAGGAUGAAACGAAAAAAUCCUAGCGCAAGAAUUCCAAACACAAGAACAAACGAAUAAUUGCUUACCCCUUUCACUUGACCAAAACAAGCUCUGAGUUAUGAAGUUGUGAGUGAGUCUCGUAAUGCUUUUUUUUUGUAAUGAUGGUGAAGUUCGAGCUAGCUUGCGUGCACCUUGGUUAUUCCACCGGGUACCUAUCACCUCCAAGUAGUACAGGUAUCAGGUAACUCUGACCACCGAGGCUUAGGCAGAUGGAAAGAAAUCACCGUGUUUUUGUCUCCAUUGGGAUUUGAACCCGAGACCUCAUAAUUCUCCUCUUGCUUCAUUGACCUCUAGAACACACCCUUGGGUGCAAUCUCGUAACGCCUUUAAGUGAAAAUAAAAAUGUCUUCUCGGAGAAAACAACAAAUACAUUAAGUCUUUAUCAAUUUUACAACAACUAAAAUCUUUUACUAAUGUGUUGGUCCUGUAGUGGUCUAUAAAUUUCUUGAAGACCUGUACCCUUUAGGGUGAUCAUUGUUGCUGAAACUGAUAAGUGCUUGAUUGGUUAUACUGUUUCACUUAAGAAAUCCUAACACUGCGUUUGUGACUCUAGUUGCUAUUUAUUUCCAUUUCCUUUUCUUUUUCAUUUGUUUCUAGGUCCAUUACUUUUUCACUAUACCCCCCUUGUUAGGCAUCUGAUCCUCUAUAAGGAGUUUGCAUUGAUCAUGCAGUUUCAGUUAUAUGAAGCUAACAUAGUGUUAUUGUCUCUGUUUCUCAAUUCAGGUCCUAAUUCUGCAGAGGCCUUGUUGAAGAAAGAUGAUAACAUUGGAACAUCAAAAAAGAAAGAUGAUAACAUUAAUGUGGUUGUUUGUAAUAAGAACAUGGGAUCAUAUCUUGCUGCGGUGACUCUUGAUGUCCUCUGGAUUGUUUUUCCAGCCAUUUUAUGUUUAACUGAAGAGGGGGUCCGAUCUCUCAGGACAAAUAUAUCUGCGUAUAGGGUUUCUAUGAAUCUUCUGACAUGCGUAUGUAUUCUGGCUGUUGACUUCAAGAUCUUUCCUAGAAGAUAUGCUAAAGCAGAGACCUAUGGUACUGGCUUGAUGGACAUUGGAGUAGGUUCGUUUAUUGUGGCAAAUGCAUUGGUUUUACGGCAAGCACGUGGAAUUGCAAAAAUGAAUUUGAGAAGUGCAAUUUCUUCAACUUGUCCACUUAUAGUUUUGGGCUUUGCUCGAAUCUUUUCACAUCAACUGUGGAUUAUUAGGUAAACGGAAUCUCUAAUUCCUUUUUGUUGGGCCAUUUCAGCCCGUGGUAAUGGUGGGUUAAUAACUUGAAAGUAAAGUGUAUCAUACCCCACCCUAUAUGAUACUUGCACGAAAUUACAAAGAAGCUUUCGAGAAUGUCUCAUGAUAGUUCGUCUCAAUCAUGAACUUUUAGUUUGCUGAUCUGUUGUCUGUAUUUCUGAUUAUGGUCAAAUAUAUCUCAACUUUGAAAUUAUGUUGUUUACUAGUGGUCCCCUUCCUUUGGUUGUCGUCAUCCUUUGCAGUGUGGAUAGCAUGCUGAAUGAACAGUAAGAAUCCUAGUUUUUAUUUCUUUUAUUUUUGUUGCACCUUAUGUUCUCAAAAUGACAUAUCACUUUCUUAACUAGUGUACUGCGAAAUUUGGCAACAUGAUUGCCCAAUGUUUUACUUACAUGGUGUAGUCACUUCCAUCUAAUAGUGAAGCCAGAACAAUAGUCAUGUCAAAAUUAAAAUCCACAAUCAUCUCAUAGAAACAAGACCUUUGGUUUAAUGCUUUACAGUUCUAUUUCACAAGAUAUUCUUAUUUUCCUGUGUUUGGCUACAGAAAAACCUGGCUUAUCUCAUUUGUCCAUUAUAGAGUGUGAGUCAUGUCAGCUCGGUAAGCAUACCCGCUCCCAUUUCCCACGGCAUUUUGAUAAUCGAGCAGAGUCACAUUUUACUUUAAUCCAUUCAGAUGUUUGGGGUCCUAGUCGGGUCAGUUCUACCUUGAGAUUCCGCUACUUUAUCAGUUUCAUUGAUGAUUAUUCCAGGUGCACUUGGAUAUUUUUGAUGAAAAAUCGAUUUGAGUUGUUUUCUAUUUU